CACCUCCUUUCCUUGCCAUUCCUAUUAAAAUCUAAUUUUGAUCCUUUUCUUCUCAUCAAAAUCUAAUUUUGAUCCUUUUCUGCUCAUCAAAAUCUAAUUUUGGCCGAGAAUUUCAUUGAUUCUCACGAUUUUCGAUCUCAUGGCGAUCCCCCGGCGCCCUGACCUCCUCCUCCGACGCCUCUCCACAGCCGCUGUCGUCUCCCAUGCCCGCUCCUCCUCCGCCGCCGCCAUCGCCGCGGUGGAAGAGAACCGAACCGUCCCCCAAAUGCCGCACUUUGCCUACACUCCACCGUGCUACGACGGCCCGAGAGCGGCCGAAAUCUUGAAGAAGCGCACCGAGUUCCUCAGCCCCUCCAUGUUCUACUUCUACAAGAACCCCUUGAACGUGGUGGCGGGGAAGAUGCAGUAUCUGUUCGACGAGGACGGGCGGCGCUACCUCGACGCCUUCGCCGGCAUCGCCACCGUGGGCUGCGGCCACUGCCACCCGGAGGUGGUGAACGCCAUCGUCGACCAGACGCAGCGGCUGCAGCACUCUUCCGUCGUCUACCUGAACCACGUCGUCGCCGACUUCGCCGAGGCGUUGGCUUCCAAACUGCCCGGCGACCUCAAGGUCGCUUUCUUCACCAAUUCCGGAACAGAAGCCAACGAGCUCGCGCUCAUGAUGGCUCGGCUCUACACUGGCUCCCACGAUAUCAUAUCAGUAAGAAAUUCUUACCAUGGAAAUGCUUCUGGAACAAUGGGAACCACUGCUCAAUACAACUGGAAGUUUAACGUUAUCCAGAGCGGAGUGCACCACGCAAUGAACCCUGAUCCCUACAGAGGAGCAUUUGGAUCAGAUGUCGAGCAGUACGCGAGAGAUAUGCAGGAAGUAGUAGACUUUGGAACAUCUGGUCAUGUUGCAGGAUUCAUAUCUGAAACUAUACAGGGUGUUGGGGGAAUAGUGGAGUUGGCACAAGGCUACUUGCCUGCUGUGUACAAGAUCAUAAAGAAAGCCGGUGGACUCUGCAUUGCUGAUGAAGUGCAAUCUGGAUUUGCAAGGAUUGGAAGCCAUUUUUGGGGGUUUGAGGCGCAUGGUGUUCUGCCUGAUAUUGUCACCAUGGCAAAGGGGAUUGGAAAUGGGAUACCUCUGGGGGCAGUGAUCACCACGCCGGAAAUAGCUCAAGUCUUGACCCGUAGAAAUUACUUCAACACCUUCGGGGGGAAUCCUGCUUGCACCGCAGGCGGCCUGGCUGUUCUUCGAGUCAUCGAGAGGGAAAAGCUUCAGGAAAACGCAUUCUGUGUGGGUUCUCAUCUCAAGGGCCGACUCAAAUCGCUCCAAGAGAAGCAUGAGAUUAUUGGCGAUGUGAGAGGGAGGGGGUUGAUGCUGGGGGUUGAGCUGGUGACUGACCGGGAAAAGAAAACUCCGGCGAGAGCUGAGAUCUUACACGCGAUGGAUCUGAUGAAAGAUAUGGGAGUGUUGGUUGGCAAGGGUGGCCUUCAUGGCAAUGUGUUCAGAAUCACACCCCCUCUGUGCUUCACCAAAGAAGAUGCAGAUUUCUUGGUGGAAGUGAUGGACAUUGCCUUGUCAAAGAUGUAAAGCUUCAUCUUGGAAGUCGAAAGUUUUUGUGUUUCAGUGCUGUUAUCUAUGCUUAUCUUGUGUAAUUGUCGAUAUGCAAGAAUUUUACUACCUGUUUUAACUAAAAUAUGAAUGUUGGUAAUCACAAAAACUGAUUCA